AUGUCAGCUCACCACACUGUGCAGUUUGAAGACGGAACCAAAAAGACUUUAGGGGUCAUUCUUCCAACAGAAGAAGCUUUAACAUUUGAAACACAUGUGCCUGAACGCAUGGAAAUUAUUUCUGGUGAAUGUCGCGUUAAAAUCGCAGACAGUGAAGAAAGUGAGUUGUUCCGCGCAGGUCGUGAUGAUCAGCGUUUACAGCGCAUUCUCCAGCUUGCAGAGCCUUUUGGAAUCAGUGUCCAAAAAGCAAGUCGCGAUAGCUUGGAAAAGUUGGCAGGUCAACCUUUUCACCAAGACCAUAUCACAGAUCCGCAUAAUCUAGGCGCAUGUAUCCGUACAGCGGCAGCUAUGGGUGUAGAAGCGGUGAUUGUUCCGCGUGACCGUGCGGCAACAUUGACUCCAACUGCACGUAAAGUUGCGGCAGGUGGGGCUGAAAAGGUGAAGUUUAUUCAAGUGACCAAUUUGGCGCGUACGCUUGGACAAAUCAAAGAAAAUUAUAAUGUUCGUGUGGUCGGUACUAUGCUCGAUGAAAAAGCAUUACCUAUUCAGAAGUUUGAUUUUACAGGAACACCGGUAUGUGUGGUGAUGGGCGCAGAGGAUACAGGAUUGCGUCCAAUCACCCAAUCGCAAUGUGACCAAACG